GUCAUUGCAGCUUUCAAAAUUUCAUAACACUAAAAUGGUAAUAAAAAAUGGAUCAAACUUUUGUGCAAUAAAGUAACACUGGUUGCAAAAGUUUGUACUUUUAAUAGAAAUUAUACAACUGCAAGGUACAACUCGAAGGUCUUCUUCCGCCUGUUUCAAAAAUCAUGGGAAUGUGUGGAAAAUAUAAUAUUUUUCUAGGAACCACAAUAUUUUUGGCAAUUUACAAAGACCUUACAAUGACUAUCGCAUCAUUCAUUAUUUAUAAUAUUUAUAUGUUGACCAAAUCCUGUUAGAAAUACUUAAUUUUAUUAUUGGGGGAACAAAUUUUUGAGCUCCGCAUGCGUAGGUUUGAUUUCUUUUGCAGUUUGUUUCACAUCUACAUAGGUGCAUAGUUAGAUAUGCUUUCAUGUCACAUGCCCUGUAGGCGUCCAGCAAAUCUAGAAUGACAGUCGAUGUGAAAAGAACUGAAAUUUUCCUCUUGCGGAGCGACGUCUAUUUAUAAAUAUAUGUCCCAACGAAUCUAAUUAAGGAAAAUUAUCCGGAAGUCAUCAGGAUGUACUUUCCUGUAAGUUAAAACGAUCGAAUAUGCGUUAGGAAAAAAUAAAAGCGAAACCGCUUUUUCUUGUGUUGUGCUAUGUGUUGUUUGCAGAUGUGACGGUGUAUUAUUUGUUUUAUUUUCAUUGGAAAUGUUUGAAGACUAUGAAGCAACCAAUGAUUCUCUGGCUUAUCAAAAUGAUACGUACGAAAAUAUUUUGAACGGUUUUACAACAGAAUGUGGGGUGUACUUUACAUACUUUUUAAAUCUUCUUGGAGCGUAUUACUUACCUGUCAUCAUAGUUUUUGGACUGGUCGGAAAUAUGCUAUCGUGCGUGGUAUUUUUGUCGACGCAUCUGAAAAUGAGAAGCUCCAGCUAUUACUUAGCAGCGUUGGCGGUUACCGAUUUCGGUUAUUUAAGCAUCCUUCUGGUAAACUAUCUAAACUACAUUAGCGCAAUGGACUUGUACAAUAGAGAAGGUUGGUGCCAGGUCUUCGUAUACAUUAGCGGCGUUUGCAGCACCCUGAGUACCUGGUUAAUUGUCGCGUUCACAGUCGAAAGAUUCAUUGCCGUCCAAUAUCCUCUUCAAAGACCUUACAUGUGCACCGUAUCCAGGGCUAAACUUAUACUUACCGUGCUAUCUUUGGUCGCUUUGCUUUCUCAGCUCUAUUUAUUUUGGACCGCUGGAAUCGUAAAACAACGAGAAGCAUUGUAUUACGUCUACUACGGUUGUGACAUGAGACCUGAGUACAAGGAAUUCAUGAAAAUAGUAAAUUUCAUAGACACCAUCACGACAUUGGUUGUUCCGCUUAUAUUAAUUGUAACAAUGAACACCAUGAUAUCUAGAAACUUGUUGGUGUUUAAAAAGCGAUUCAGGAGAGAUUCGAGCGGUGAAGGUUUGGCAAUCCAAAGAAUCGACACGCAAAGCACAUCCCUUGGAAGACCCAGUUCUCAAUGUUCAGUGCAAACAAAACAAAGCAGCAUACACAAAAGAAGAGACACGCAAUCUCCAGUCGAACAAAAUGCGUCACUCUUAUAUAUACCGUCCUUGAAACGGAUUGUUUCCACAAACAGCCAGCAGAAUGUAACCAAAGUUUUACUUCUAAUCUCUACUAUAUUUAUUUGCCUUAAUUUGCCUAGCUACUUCAUACGGCUUUACUUCUACGCUCUAAACGUUUUAGAGAAGGAGGUACCGACAGAAAUCUAUUGCGUUCAACAGUUCACCAUGAUGCUAUUUUACACCAAUUUUAGCGUCAACUUCGUUCUAUACGCAAUGUAUGGAAUAACGUUUAGGAAUUGCUUGAAACAGUUAAUCUGGAAUUUACUAAGACGCAAUUGCUGUCGCUUUAAAUAAAUGUUUUUAAGGAAUAUGAUAAGAUAAGCUAUAACAGCUCCACCUCAAAAUCCCACGUAAUUUUGGUCUUUUUCGUUCAAUUUUACGUACUCCACGCCUACUCUAACGCCACAACUACAAACUGUUGUCAGCCAUCUUUGACAGCUGUCAUCGUCAGCCAUCUUUGACAGCUGUCAUCGUCAGCCAUCUUUGACAGCUGUUACCAUCAGCCAUCUUUUACUGCAUCGUCACUUUUCUGGAUACUCCGCUUUUUCUACGGGUGAUCUACCACUAAAGUUCCCUUCAUCUGUUACUCCCUUUUCAAAAGAUGGGUCUCUGCUGCUGCUGCUGCCGAUACCUUGGCAGAAGCUGGAUAAUGAGACCUCCUGAGGUGUUAAUAGUGGAGCACCGCUUAAUGAUGACAAAAGGACGAUAGCUGAAAUGUAUACGAACGAGGUGUCAGGAGUCGCAGCAGCAUAGGAGCACCUCAUCAUCAGGGAGGAACAGAUGAAAGGAACCCUAAGAACCUUCAUAAGAAAAUACGUAGGAUUUUAGGGCCGAGCGAUGGUAGCCUAUCUACUAAUAUUGCCAAAAUUGAUAAAAAUUUCAUUAAGAGCGUAAAAGUUUCAUGGACUUUUUUAGACAUUAAGUAUAAAAUAAAUACUCUCUUCGAUAUUUUUACUAAAGUAGCAGAUAUAUGUACCUUUAAAGUAUUAUUUUAAAAUAUUUUUUGUAUUUGCAGUAAACCCAGGACAAAAAAUAUGUAACUAGAAUAAUUUUUAAGAAUUGUCAACAAACGAAAGUUGUUUUUUGAUUGAAAUACGUAAAUGUAUUGCAAAAUAAAUAUUUUUUAAUGAGACACUU